CUCAAUUCGCCAAGCAGUUACGAAAAGCUUCAAGUGUUGUCAUAAUACAGCCAUGGUCGUAUCAGGCAGCGUGUCCUACAGGUCCUAGCAGUUUUUUUAGGUUACGUUCGUGUUAGUACCAACACCAGCAUAUGUAGUCAAAACUGUAGAGCUACCUGCGUCGUUAUUCUACGGGGAGAAAGACGGACGAAACCCUACGUAGUUCUUGCGUGGAUCUAUGCUGGGUUACAGCUGAGGCCUAACAUUAGCAGUUAGCUAACGUGACAUUUCACCGAGGUUUCCUGGGACACUAUUCAGAAGACACAUCCUUCCCACUGGUAAGUGUCCACUGGAAAAACAAAGCCCCAUCAUUACAAUGACCGCUCAUGAAGGAGAGGGAUGGGGAGGCAUUAACCUGUCACCUCACCUGCACACGGAUGAGUGUAAUGAACUGAUAACUCUUCUGAGGCAGUGCCACACUGAGCACAAUGUCUUGAAGUUCUUUGGCACGUGUAACGAUGUGGACCGCGCUAUGCGUCGCUGCCUGAAGAAAGAGAGACUGGAAAAGCGGGAGCGCAGCAAGCAGCAUGCACAAGAGAUGAAGAAGAGGCUGAAAGAAGGGCCCAAAGAGCAUCUCUGAAGGACAUUUUACUGCAACUUUGCCACUGCAAGUUAAAAGUAUUCAGAUAAAAGGAAAUUCAAUUAAGCAUGACACUGUGUAACCGGCCUCCCCUGCUGUUCUUAUGUCAAGACAGAGGAAGUCUCUUUGUACAUUCAGCGGAGUGUGUAUUCUAUUAGCAUUGACCGAAGUGUCAUGUGCUGCUAUUACUAUGUAUUAUUUGGUUUCAGUUGAGAGGCAAAUUAUUUAAAUAUCGGGAUCAUAUACCAGCAAUAAUAGGUUAACAUGCACAGCUUUCUCCUAUAUUUGCUGUGGUGUGAACCCUUUUAACACACUUUUUACUUUUUACUAUCUGCACAGACUUAAACUUGCAUUUUAGGUCAGCAUAAAACAAAAGCAUCUAGUACUUUGGAUUAAAGAUUGCUGUUGGAGAUCAUCAUUUAUUUCCCCCCUCUGUAGUAGCAGUACUCUGCAGCUCCAUCAAAGAGCUUAGUGUAGCUGGGGGCAGAACCCUUUCAUCAAACCAUUAUUUAAGUUGGCAGGACACCUCAGGAAUAUUCUGGUAUCUGUAUCUGUAUUUUUGUAUGACCAAUGGCUGGGUUUUACUCUCAAUUUGAACAUCCACCCAUGAACAUACAUAUUGAACACACUCUUUGUUUGAAUGUUUAUUUGAAUGGGGAAUCCUGUUGAUUUCGUUACGAGUUUGAUUGCUUGCAAGUGAAAUUAUCAGUUAAUUUAAGAAUCCAUGCUUCGAUAGUGUGUCAUCAUUGUAAAACCAAGUAGCAGUCAGUAUCUGCAGAAAAGUCAUAAAAGCAUUUACAUUUAUAACAUACGAAUAGUUGUAAAAUAUUUUUUGUAUCCGUUCACGGGCUGCCGGGAGAUGUUGUUGUAUAUCUAUAAACCUCAAGUGGGAUUGUUGCAACGGUGGAUUGUGCACGCAGGAGACUAUAGCAAGCACUGUCACUACUGCUAGCAAUAGUAGCUAUGAAGCUAAAGUCUCUUAAUGUGUAAGGGUCUGUUUUAGCAAAAAAAAAAACAACACUUUGACCGGAAUGACUGCUAAAUGGGAAUAACUGCGGUAUCAAAAAGAGACGUUUACGUAUUCAAUGUAGCCAAAGUGUUCCAUUUAACUUGGUGAACCCUGCUAAAUCCUGAUAAAGGUGUAAAGAGAAUCUAAGCUCUAAUGUCCAGUUAUUAAUAUUUUAAAGAUUUCAACUGCAUCGCAUGGUCUUCAUUCAGCAACUGGAGCUGGUAAAGGUGUCAUGUCUCCUAAAUGGGAAUCUUCGGUUACAUGUUAACUAGUGGUCACCUAGUCUCGCUUUGCCAGAACCUCCUCCAAAGCGCGCUGAAGGAGGGUCUGGCUACUCCACAUAGCAUUCGGGGAUGGGAGGAAAACGUGCUCUUUAAUGACAUUUCUUUAAACCAAUCAGAAUCGUCCUGGGCGGUGCUACGCUCCCCACAGAGCCGCUGUAAAAUAGUCUUGCGAGAGAAAACUCAGAUUGGACAGAUAGUCUAGCUAGCUGUCUGAGUUUACCCUGCAGAGAUCUGAGAAGCAGUUAACAAUAGUCCUCAUUAAUCCACCGAAUUUAAAAUUCCAACACAAAGAAAGUGGAAGGAAACGGAAAAUACAUAUGCAUCCGGCGAAGCAAUCCCGGAAGUGGAACGCGAAGGAUAUAGACUAGUGGUCACCUAACCCCUCUCUUUGUCUAAGGAUGGUCUCCUCAAUCUUUCUUUGGCUGUCUACUGGCCCUUGGUCGAUGACCUUGUGUUCACCUAACUGAAAGUUCACAUUUAGUUCAUGAUAUCUCCGUUCGCUGAGUGAAUACCAUGAGAUGCUGUUAAGGGCUCAGAAUCAUUAUUAAGUGGACUUUUAUGCUUAGAUUUUCUUCACCUUAUUUUGAAGGACUCUUACUUCCUCACAAACAUCACAGGAAAUAGCUAGUGCCUGCCUGUCCAACAACUGGACUGAGUUAAAAGAAAACAGCACUGAAAGAUGUGACCAGAAAACAUUUCAAAAUGAAGCUCUGAAUACUUUUUUUGUUAAAUAUUGCAAUAUGACAGCCAAAAGAGACAUCGACUGUGGACAUGCUUUUUCUUAUUGAUACAAUUAUUUUAGUGAAUAUUUGCUUUUUAUUUACUACUGGGUGGUAUCAUGGGGGUUCAAUAUGUGACCUUACCUACCAAAUCAAAGUUGUGAUGAGCUUCACUCAGUGUUGAGGUAAGGUUAGGUUAGCUGACUGGGAAUUCAUAUCUAUCUAUCUAUCUAUCUAUCUAAUAGAAAACUACCGACAAACUUCUAGUGGUUUGAGAAAAUGUAAAACAAAAAACACAUUGUGAAAGCACUGUUUCUUUAUUUGAAGCAGCUCACUCUACCCAUCACAACGUAUGGAUCAAUCUUUGACUUUGACAGAUAUUUAAAUUGUAAGGCACCCCAAGGUGUGCUUUGAGACAAUGUGGGGAGAAAAAAAAUCAUGAAUAAGAAAACACAAUAGGGAAACACAUACAUGAUAUUGUGGUUAUAAAAGACAAACACAGUCAUUUGCAAUAAAUAAGGGAGCAACUAUGAGUAGUUCUUUUUAUGUUAUAACUUAUUUACUUCAACAUUUAUUAUCAAGCCCACUUCAAACUUCUUGCUGAGGUGGGAAUUUGGAUUCAAUGCCUAAAAGAGAAACUAAUAGUUCAAAACAGUAAUGAAAUGCAUUUUAUAUCUCAGGUGACAUGCUGAAAAGAAGACCCAUGUCUUGAAGGAUCAGUGUGAUUAUAGCUCAGCGGAGCUGAAUGAUUUGCAUUCAGUAGCCACGUUACACAGGCCGGUCUCAUCUCUUCUCGGGACCCUAAACCCAAGGAAAAACUACGUUGCGCACAGCACGUAGUAGGAGCUGAAAAAUAAAUAAAAAGAUUUGUGCCAUAAUG